GGUACCUGAAUGGUACUGAAACCUGCAAAUAUUUCUAAAAAUAUGGAUUUUUGACUCUCCAGUAACUUAUAUUCCACUGAUUUCAUUGAUGCCUGGUGGAUCAUGAUCACAUCCCCUCUAGCAGAGUCUAGGAGACAACACACAAAUUUCCUCCUGACAGGUGAUGUAGAGGUCUCAAUUUCAUAUCAUAGCUGAUAAGCAGCUAUGUAUGCGCCAAUAAUUGAAUCCCACAACUUUACAAUCUACCUUUUCCUGUCAGCUAGGAACCCAGCCACCAUCUCAACAUAGCUCCUGCAUUAUGGUGGUACAACCAUGUUACAAUUUUUCACCAACUAAACCACAAUUUAGCAUUUCAGUUUUGAAUCAUGCUUGUUUUGCUGCUUUGAAAAUGAGGGUGAAAACUUCUUGAGUAGUAGAAAUGCAGAUUCACAGCUGCUGUUGAUUGUUUUAACUCCUUUGAUGUCAGUAAUUGGAAGGAAGAUGAAUAGCAGCUGAGAAGCUGUUUGACUCCUUAGCACGAAACAGCCACUGCGCCACAUCAGUGUCAUCCGGAGAAGCCCUCUGAUGGCUCAAGAGAUGAGGAAUUUAAAAAAAUACACUGCUGACUGGCUGUCAGAUCUUCCACUGUGCUGAUCUCAUUCCAGCAACUACACAUCUGCAUGUGGUUAGGAUGACAAGAUGUUUCACUCUGCAUUGCCUCAGUUCCCUGCUCUGGUAGUUGCUCAGCAUUUUGCAGAAGUGUGAAACUUUCCACGUUUCCACUAACUUAAUGGAAAUGAAAGGGGGGCAUUUUCCCAAGAAGCUCAAAAUGCCAUGUUCUAAAUUUCCAUUAGAGAAAUCUCACCGUUAUUUCUGAUGUGUAUAAUAUUCAAUAGUUGCAAUCAUACUGGACUUUAUUCCAGAUGCAGUAAGUAAUCUUUGUGACUAAAAUUUUCAUUUCCAAGUUCUUCUGUUGUUGUUUCUCAGAUUCAAAACACCAUUAUACAUAGGUCAUCCAUAUCCAGGGAUUGUUAUAGCAAGAGGGGAGCCCUGGUAUUCAAAGGACUUCAGUGAGGCAAGGUUUGCAGAUAGAAGUAAAAGACUUGAUUUCAGGAUGAACACAACUCAGUAUGAGUUAAACCAAGAGUCAGCAACUGAUUGCUGAAAACACACGCAGAAAAGCUCCUUGCUAGGAUCAAGGGAGCCCUUACAAGGUCUGCCAAAUACCAGAUCUCUUGCACAAUGCUCGUUUUCCUUUGUUCCUUUGCUGUCUGGAGGCACGGCCGCUAACUUUGUCAGCAACAGAAGAACUGAGCGGGAAUGUGAAAAGUUACUCUAAAAUGUAAAAGAAGGGAUGGGGGGUUGUUUUGACUGCAUCACACGUGAAAGGAAGGAGCCAUCAUCAGUGAGCAGUCUUGCGCAACAUGGGGUAGUAGGCCAGGCUCCCUGUGCUCUACUUCUCCAGCACUAGUUUCAGGAAUGAAAUACCCCCCACCGGGGGACAGCAGGCAAGACCCCCUCAGCACAGCGACGGUGGGGAAGGCUUUCAACACAGGGGUACUGGGAUUCUUCCAAAAUUGAAAAGGAAAACUCUAUCUUCUCCACAUUGCCUUUCUCAGAACACGGUCUUGCUUGGGUGGAGCUGCCCGCCCGCUGCUCGGCGGGAGAUUUUAGGAUAACUUUCCUGUAUCUCCUUCCCCCUUUGCCGGCCCGGCCAGCCAAGCGUUUCGAGACGAAGCGAGAGGGACGCGGCACUCUCUGCUCCGCCGGUGUCGGGAUGGCCGUGCUCUGCCCGGGGACACGGGGGCCACGUCCCUUCCGCAGCGUCCCCGCGGGCGCCGACGGGGCGGGGAGAAACCCGACCCCCGCCGCCCGGGCAGGGAGAGGGGCUGGGGCUGCGGCCGCGCGGGAGGGGGCGGCGGCGCGGCCGUGUGCCUCCUCCGCUCACGGGGACACCCCCAGCCCGGGCCGCGGGGAGGGUGACCCAGGGCGGGGCAGGGCCGGGCGGGGCGCGGCGCUGCCCUGCCCUCUCGCUGAGCGGAGAGGCGGGAAGCCGGCGUCGGUGCGCUGCCGGUCGGCCGGAGCCAUGCGGAGCUGCGGGAGGGCGCGGGGCGCCGCGGGCUGGGCCGCCCCGCUGCUGCUGCUGUGGCAGUGCCUGCCGACGGCGCGGCCCUACAACCUGGACACGCAGCACGCGCUGCUCUUCCGCGGCAGCAACGGGACCCUCUUCGGGUACUCGGUCCUCCUGCACCGCCGCGGCGAGGAGCGAUGGCUGGUGGCGGGCGCGCCCCGGGCCAGCUGGCCCGCCAACGAGUCGGUGGUCAACCCUGGGGCCAUAUUCCGGUGCCGGAUCGGCGGGAGCUCCAGCGGGGCGUGCGAGCAGCUCCAGCUGGGCCAUCCCAGUGGUGAGCGCUGUGGGAAGACGUGUUUGGAAGAGCGGGAUAAUCAGUGGCUGGGUGUCAGCUUGUCGAGGCAACCAAAGGAGGGCGGAUCUAUCGUUGCUUGUGGACAUAGAUGGAAAAAUGUGUUUUAUGUCAAAAACGAGCACAAACUGCCACAUGGUAUUUGUUUUGCCAUCCCUCCUGAUUUUCGAACUGAGCUGAGCAGAAGAAUAUGCCCGUGCUAUAUAGAUCAUGCACGAAAGUUUGGAGAAAACCAUGGGUCGUGUCAGGCUGGAAUGUCUAGUUUUUACAUUGAGGACUUAAUUAUAAUGGGAGCCCCUGGAUCAUUCUAUUGGACUGGUUCUGUGUUUGUAUACAACACAACUGCGAAUACAAUCCACUAUUUCACAGAUUCAGAUAACGAAGUGAAAUUUGGCAGUUAUCUAGGAUAUUCUGUUGGAGCUGGACAUUUUCUGACACCAUCCAGUAUAGAAGUAAUUGGAGGGGCUCCCCAACAGGAGCAGACUGGUAAAGCAUAUAUUUUUAGCAAUGAGAAGCAACUAACUAUUCUCUUUGAACUAAAGGGUAAAAAGCUUGGUUCUUACUUUGGAGCUGCAGUUUGUGCUGUGGACCUGAAUUCAGAUGGCUUGUCAGACUUACUGGUUGGUGCUCCAAUGCAAAGUACCAUCAGAGAAGAGGGAAGAGUUUAUGUCUAUAUUAAUUCAGGUUCUGAAGCAAAGAUGGUAGAGCUGAACAUAGAGCUCAGUGGGAGUGACUCGUAUGCAGCGAGGUUUGGAGAGUCCAUAGCCAAUCUAGGAGACAUAGAUAAUGAUGGCUUUGAAGAUGUGGCAAUUGGGGCUCCACAUGAAGAUAAUCUAAAAGGGGCUAUUUAUAUAUACAAUGGCAGGAAAGAUGGAAUAACACCAUCAUUUUCACAGAGAAUACAAGGAAAAGAAGUCAGUAAUUCUUUAAGCAUGUUCGGACAAUCCAUAUCAAGUGGCAUUGAUGUAGAUAACAAUGGUUAUCAAGAUAUAGCAGUUGGUGCAUUUUUUUCUGACUCUGCCGUGGUGCUGAGAACAAAACCUGUGAUAAUUGUUGAAGGUUCUUUAAAACAUUCUAAUUCAAUAAAUCGAACUAAUUUAGACUGCAUGGAGAAUGAGCAGCCUGCCACCUGUAUGAAUUUGAAGAUAUGCUUUACCUAUAGAGGACGAGAGGUACCUGGUUAUAUUGUGUUGCUUUAUAAUCUGAGUGUUGACGUGAACAGAAAAGAGGAUACACAAGCAAGAUUUUAUUUUUCCUCCAAUGGAACAUAUGAUACAAUCUCAGGCAAAGUAAAGAUUUACAGCAAUAUUACUGCCUGCAAAGAUCAUCCAGCAUUUAUGAGGAAAGAUGUAAGGGAUAUCUUGACUCCUGUACAUGUUGAAGCGAGUUAUCAUCUGGGGCAUCAUAUUCUACAGAAAAGAAAUGUUCAAGAAUUUUCACCACUUCAGCCUGUUCUUCAACGCAGGAAAGAAAAAGAUGUUAUAAAAAGCAAGUUUAUUUUUGCAAGAUUUUGCUCCCAAGAAAAUUGUUCAGCUGACUUGAGAGUUUCUGGAAAAGUUGUUUUUCCAAAGCCUUAUGAGAAGAAAACGUACCUUGGUGUUGGAAGUGUGAAGACUUUAUUGUUGAACAUUUCUCUGCUUAAUGUUGGAGAUGAUGCAUAUGAAACUCUCCUCCACAUUCAGAUCCCCAAAGGUCUUUAUUACAUUCGAGUUUUAGAAUUGGAAGAAAAACAGAUACACUGUGCAGUAUUAGAUAAAGAAAUUAAUGCAGUGACACUUGAGUGCAGUGUUGGCUAUUUAUAUGUGGAUCACAACUCAAAGCUGGAUUAUAGUUUCCUCUUGGAUGCAAGCUCAUUAACCAGAGCAGAAGAGGACCUCAACAUCAUCAUUAAUGCUACCUGUAAAAAUGAAGAUGGGGAUAUGUUGCUGGAUAACACGCUAACUUUACGUAUACCUCUAAAAUAUGAGAUCGAGUUAAAUACUCAUGGGUUUGUGUCACCAACCUCAUUUGUUUAUGGAGCAGAAGAGAAAGAUUCAUCAGUGACAUGCAUGAAGGAAAAUAUCAACUUCACUUUCCAUGUUAUCAGUGCAGGACCAAGCAUGUCUCCAAAUACCAGCUUGGAAAUAAUGAUACCGAAUGCUUUUCCACCCAGGGACUCCAAAUUAUUCAACCCAUUGGAUAUCAAGACAACAGCUGGACACUGCUCUUAUAAUAAAUAUCCCAGAGACUGUACUGCAGCAGAAAAAAAUGAAAACAUAAUAAAGGAUGUCAUCACUUUCUUUUCAAAGCCUACUAAGAGGCACAUGUACUGCAUGAAAAAUGACAGCCUUUGCUUACAAAUACAUUGCAAGCUGGGAAACAUGGAAAGUGGAAAAGAAGCAACUGUUCACUUGCAUCUGGAGGCUACGCCUUUACUUCUACAAAUGGAUGAUGCAUCAGUAUUGAAGUUUGAAGUAAGAGCAACGGCCUGGCCAGAAAAAAGUGCAAAAGUUAUUGAACUACAUAAGGACAAGCAAAUUACAUAUGUCUAUUUGGAAGGCGUGCACCACCAAAAGCCAAAAUACCAUGUUACUGUGCUAAUUAUUUCCCUCGGUUUAAUAGUUGGUGUUACCUUGUUAUUGAUUCUUUCAUUUAUAUUAUGGAAGAUUGGCUUCUUCAAAAGGAAAUACAGAUCAGUCCCUCAAGACACGAACAGAAGAGACAGCUGGAGUUUUAAAAGUGGGAACAAAAAUGACUAAGAUAGCAAAUAAACAUUUGAUUUUAAAAUGAAGAAACUAAAAUUCAGAUUAAUUCACAGGAGAAACACCAGCAACAAGAAACCUAAGCCUUGAACUUACUUGCUCUAUCAAAACAUGUUUUAUUUCCUUGAACUGUAUGGAGGAUACACCUGACAGUACUGUUCUAAUAUGAAAGUGGUAAACCAGUUUGUUCUGAAGUCUCCCAGAAAUAUUUGAAAUGCCAUAUAUAUCUGGUUUCAAACAGACAGAAGAACACUAAAGAUAAAGAGAAGAAGAAUUACUUACCAAAAGGAAGUAUUUGGAGAAAGUAAUAACUGUGGCCAAUCCUGGAAAGUAAGAUCUCAAACACAUUAACUUGAGUUACUAUAUUAUUUUUAAAGUUCCAAUAAUAUUUUGAUCAGGCAUUCAAGAAGAAAUCCUCUCUCAUCUUUGUCUGGCAUUUUACCAAGGGCAAAUUAGCUCAAACCCAUAGGACUGUAAGUAGGACACAUGGACAUAGAAAACAGAUCUCAGAAGCUCUGGGCUUCUGUGGGUAACCAUGUAAGCUUUGGCUUCACAGGCACAGCCACAUCACUGAAGGUACUCAGACACCCAGGCAAGCCAGAACCAGGAAGGUGAAAGGUGAAUUCAGAGCAGGGAAUUGUGUGGGGUAGCCUGGAGAUGCAGCUGUAGAAAGAUUAAAGUAUUGGAGAUUAUAAUUUGUAGCCAUCCAUAACAUGGUACUUGCAAGCACGAUAGAAUUACUUGUUUCAUCCUUUCCUCAGACAGUGCUGCCAUAAGGUUUUGGACUUCUCCAAUGAAUUAUUUCUAUGUGGGUUUCUUUAAAGCAAGUAUUUAUUUUUAUUUAUUUGAAGAUUUUUUCUAUAGAACUUAUUGUAGGAUUUAGUGCUGGCAUUCUUCCAGAACCUGAAAAAAAAAGACAGGCUUCAGCUGACAAAACAGACACAUAUACCCAAAAGAUUCCAACUGCCGACCAUAAUGGGCCAAAUUUUAUCUUUAGAUUAAGUACUUUAGAAAGUACUUAAUAAGGAAGUCACUUGGAGAGCCAGCUUGGGUUCUUGGAAGGUGUCACAUAAAUACUAUCCAAACAGGCACCCUCAGCAACCACUCGGCAGAAAGGCAAAGGACUGACCAGAAACAUGGCUCAAACCACUGCUCUGCUACUCCAGGAAGUUUCUUCAGCUAGCUAAGUUUGCACUGCCACCUAGCUUUGGUGAAACAGCACAAGCCACAAGGGAAACAAACCUUCUUUGGCUCCCCAGAACAGCUGGAGAAGGUUCAGCUUCUUCAGCAACAGAAUUUACUGCAGCAGAAGGACAGAGUACGGCCGUGAGGCUGGGCCUUGGAUGUCUCUCUAAACUGCACUGAGAAUGGAAUAUCACCUGUACAAUGCUUCAAAGCUGCACCAUCCAUCCUACGGGAACUAGUCUGAAGCUCAAACCCACAGCAAGUGCCUUCAGCAAGCACAUCUGCUACUAGAGUGCUUGUGCCAUAAAAGCCAUGUUGUCCACAGACUCCAAAGGUAUUCGGGACCAUUUUGUAACUUCCUUUCACGUCAAUUGUUGCCAAAGAUGUGGAUCACUCCAAAGUAUGUUUUCCUCUAAUAUCUACAGUGCAAGGACAAAUGAAUGUGCAUAUAUUUUUUUAAAAAGUCAAAAUAAAGUAUGUCAAGGAUUAAAUACUUUCUUGCAAAUCUGUGUGAAAACUGUAGCAAAAAAUGCUUACCUUCCAAAUGGCUUUAGUGAAUUUUUUGCACUUUAACCAAAAAACCUUUGAACAGAAAUUAGCUUGACAUUACAGCAUACUGUGAAAAAUAUACCUCAGAUACUGGAAGAAGCAUUCAUGUUCUUUUAAGUACAAACAAUGCAAGGAAGUGAAACAAAAGCAUUUUAUUUAUCUUUGAAAUAGUUUACAUAAGUCGAUACAUGUGAGAAUGAUGCCUUGGAAAUUGUACACUUUCUAUUCAGAUUUGAUUGUUAACAUGUAUACGUUGGCUGCCUUUUCUUAGGAUAUGAAGCAAAGUUAUGAAGCUUUUAUAAACCAGGUUGACAAAAAAUGAAUGUACAAUGUCCUUAUGGUAAGAUUAUAAAGUAUUACCCAACUGAAUUUUAUUAAAAAAAGGCCCAAACAAGUUAACAGGUGAAUGCUGUUCGUUCUGCAAAUUCAAUUCUUUUGUUAAUUUUCAUUUAAUAAAGAAGUUAAAUCUA